AAUCACGUUCUAUCAUUUAAAUUCUUGAAAAAACAUAAACAGAUAAAAAUAAAUGUUUACCAGUGUAAGACAUUUAUUUGUCUUGAAGGAAUUUGAAUCAUAAUUAAUGUACUUGAUUACUUGUUCAUUAAAAAGAGUAAAUCUUUCCUUCGCCUUUUUGUUUAUAUUCAGUCGUAACAAUUCUGCCACCAAAGAAGUUCACACUAUCAGGUAUAGACGUCUACCUUCACGGUAUAAGUUCGCAUCACAGAACUGAUAAACUCAUAGCAGAGGGUAUACUGCUAAAUAUAAUGCUGUUUAAUUAUAUUCUUAUCACUUGAAAAACGUUAUAAGGAAUAAUAUUCAAUCUAUAUUAUCAUCAGCACUACUAAAUCUUGUAAUGUAAACAGAAAUAUUUUAUGUAACCUCUUUGUAGUGUGUUGUAUUUUGCUUCAAUAUUGAGAUUUGGUAAUAAAUGUGACCAACAAAGAUUUAUUUUUCACAUUGCAUUAUUAAUAUUUUAUUAUUACACUAAUUAUCCUACAAGUGUUUGGUCAGGUUAUACCAAGAAAAUCAAUAUACCUCCAUUGAAUCAUGUGUGAUAAUAUGUUCCUUAUAAGAAUGAUUCCAUGGGAAUUAGUAGGAACCGUGCAAGAUUAUUUACCCACUGAGAUGAAAAUACAUUUACUACCAAUAAUAACACAGCUAAGAUCAUGCAGUGAAAACAAAAAAGAUUUAUCAAAAAAGUGGGUAAACAGUUCACUAAUUCUAAUUGAAGCAUGUUUGGAUAGAACAUGGGAAACAUUAAAUUCGGGUUAUUGGAAUCAUGUUCCAAUAGCAUAUAGAUAUUGUUAUUCAUUAUGUACUAUUCUAAAGGCUGUACUACUUGAAAUUCAAUAUUAUCACAUAGAUGAGAAAAAGGUCACAAAUAAUGUGACUUUGUUAAAAAAUAUUGUUCAACAAAUUGAUAAAGGCAUUUUAUUGGGGUCACCAUUACCAGAUAUGCCUGAUUUAUUACCUACAAUUGCAUCACAGUUAAAUACUUGCAGUGUCACAGACGUAUUGGAGGCAUCAACUUUGAAAGAAUUAGUUAAUGGUUUUGAAGAAUUAGUUGAUACAGCACUUUAUGACUUUACUAACAUUGCUGAAUAUAAUGAACCUUCAAUGGAAUUAUUUUAUAAAGAAUGUUUUAUGCCUAAAGUUCCAGCAUUACUAAAAGGCUGUAUUAAACAUUGGAGGGCUUUAGAACAAUGGCAAAAUAUAAAUUAUUUAAGUAAAGUAGCAGGACAUCGAACAGUACCUAUUGAAAUUGGAUCACGUUAUAAUGAUGAAAACUGGACUCAGCAACUUAUUCUUUUUUCAGAAUUUUUAGAAAAUUAUAUAUUAUCAAAACAUAAUAACAUUGCUUAUUUAGCUCAACACAACCUUUUUGAUCAGAUUCCUGAAUUAAAAGAUGAUUUUACAGUACCCGAGUAUUGUAGUUUUACAGACAAUGAGGAUGUGGAACAACCAGAUAUAAAUGCUUGGUUUGGACCUUCUGGAACUGUUUCACCAUUACACUUUGAUGCAAAAAAUAAUUUUUUGUGUCAGGUAUUUGGAUAUAAGAGGGUAAUUUUAUAUGAUCCUAAAGAUUCAUCUAACUUAUAUCCGUAUGACACAAGGUUACUCAAUAAUACUGCACAAGUAGAUCCUUUCAAUCCAGAUUUUGAGAAGUGGCCAAAUUUUAAGAAAGCCACAGGGUUUAUGAGCUACUUGAAACCAGGAGAAAUGCUUUAUAUUCCUCCAAAAUGGUGGCAUCAUGUAACUGCUUUAACUCCAAGCUUCUCAAUAAAUUUCUGGUGGAAUUAAGCAUAAUUAGAAAACUUCUUAAU